AUGAUCCCGCCCCCGCAGCCAAUAUCGCGAUGCCGCACCCAGGGCUUUGCAGGCUACGGCGUCGCAUGGUCCCCCUUUUUCGACAAUAGGCUCGCCGUCGCCAGCAGCGCAAAUUACGGCCUCGUAGGCAACGGUCGACUGCACAUCAUGGGUCUCGCCGGGCAGGGGUUGGUCGUCGAAAAGGUCUUCGACACCCAGGACGGCCUCUACGACCUGGCAUGGUCCGAGGCGCACGAAAACCAGCUCGUCACCGCCAGCGGCGAUGGCAGCAUCAAGCUGUGGGACAUUGCCCUCAAUGACCACCCCAUUCGCAACUGGGCAGAGCACAGCCGCGAAGUGUUUUCCGUCGACUGGAACAAUAUCAAAAAGGACAUCUUUGCCAGCUCCAGCUGGGACUGCUCUGUCCGAAUCUGGCAUCCGGAGCGGCCCGCAUCGCUCACGAGCAUCACGGCGCACACGGCAUGCGUCUACAGCUGCGCCUUUUCGCCCCACAACCCAGAGCUCCUCGCGACGGCAUCCGGCGACGGCCACCUCCGCCUUUUCGACCUGCGGCAGCCCGUCGGCACGCCCGGCAGCCCAGCAGCGCCGAUAGCCACGGUGCCCGUGGGCGGCGAGGUCCUUUCGCUCGACUGGAACAAGUACCGCCCCAUGACGAUUGCCACGGGGUCGACGGACCGCGUCGUCAAGACGGUGCACGACUCGCACACCGAGUUUGUCGUCGGCAUCAGCUGGUCCCUCUUUCGAGAGGGCCUCGUCGCCUCGACGGCGUGGGAUACAGAGACACAUCUGUGGUCGGCGCUCGGGUGA